UACUAGGAAAUGCUUUGUAUUGCAGGAUGCUAAUGGCAUGGAGCACCUGUACGAAGACCGAACCUGAUACCCGAGAACCGUUUGAAGUGAAAAAAUUCACACACGAGCCGGGCAUAUACUUUGAAAAAAUUGGAGUAAUGAACCAGGUCGAGUCAGCAUGGAAAAUGGUAAUCAAACUGGACAUCAUAGCUAUGGACCAUCGAUACCAACAAUUACAAAACUACAUGGCACAAACCAAAGCGCUGUGCUAUGAUAAACCAUUAGAGGAAGAAAUGAAACAAACCUGCCAAACUUUGCUGCAAAUAAUAGAAAAAGAUAACGAGCAAGUAACAACAAUAUUAAGACGAUUGAAAAUCGCGUACCAAAAUCCAAGGAAAACACGACGAGGAUUAAUCAAUGGUUUAGGAACAAUAGCCAAAACAUUAUUUGGAACAAUGGAUGCUGACGAUGAAAUAAUUAUAAAGGAACAACUAAAGCUGAUGCAAGGAAACCAGCAAACAAUACAACACGCCGUGAAACAUCAAAUAAAAAUAUUAAAUGCAACUAUUGCGCACGUGGAUGAUAUGGAAAAGGUUCUACAAGAAAACGAAGACCGAUUCCUGAAUAUCACAGAAAAGAUGAGAGAAACCUGGUUACGCGAAAAAGCCGGGUAUGGACAUCGAGAAGAACUCGACGAGCAUUUUCUAAUACUGAAUGCAAUUGUGAACGAUUUAGCAAGAGAUAUGACAGACAUUAUAGAACAUUUAACUAGCGCGAAAAAUGGAAUACUAAACAUAAGGUUAGUCCCGAUUGAGGAUAUAAUAAAUAAUUUAAGAGAAAUAGCUUCACAGAUACCUCAGGGAACACACUUUCCGUUUCAAAUAACACCAGAAAACUGGGCAACGAUAGAAAAAUUCGCGAAAAUUAGCGCCUACUGCGACGGCACAAAUAUAUAUACCAUUAUACAAUUCCCACUGAUCACAUAUCCAACGUAUGAAAUAAUAAGACCGAUAUCUUUACCUAUACAUAAAAGCGAAGAUAUAUUUAUAUUUGUAGAAAUAAAUCAACAAAUUAUAGCGAUAGAUACCGAUACCCGAACAUAUUGUACAAUUGCGGAAAACGAAUUAAAUAAAUGUAUUAAGGAAGGUAAUUCAUACGUAUGCGAGCGGAACCGCCCCGUCUACCACGUAGACAACCGUGCGUUAUGCGAAGUACAAGCGUACGCAGCUAUAGAUACACAUUUAAACUAUUGUAGUACUCGAAGUAUACACGCCAACACAACAAUAUGGAUAGCAUUAAGUAAUUCGAACUCAUGGCUAUAUUCCACUCGAACUAAACAAGCCAUAGAAAUAACGUGCAGAAACAAAGCGAUGCAAAAGAUAGAAAUCGAACGGACAGGUCAAAUAACGUUAAAAGACAAAUGUAAGAUAAUAACGCCUGACAUGACGGCAAGAACAAACACAUACGAAAGAACGACGUACGUGCAGACAUACCUGCCCGACUAUAACAUAACAUUCAAACAUACACCACAGACGAACCGACAACUGAACACUGUCAAAACGUCAAAAUUCCGGAAAAUUAUACAAAAACCCUCAGAACUUAUGGAAUUAAGCAAACAACUGACAGAAAUCGACGGCAAUUUAGAUAAAAGCGAAAUGAAUAUACAUAAAUACACUACAUACCCGAUACUUUCGAGUUUUACGGGAACUGUACUCAUAAUCAUAGCAAUAGCAAUAAUAUAUAUAAUAAAAAGGAAUAAAAAUAAACCAAACACAUCAAUGAAUCUAAAUUUAAAUCCGAUGAGCAAACCACGAAUUAUUCAAGAACAUAUAUAUCAUACGGCGAGCGGCCGAGAAAUAUCUGACAAUAACACAAUACCCAAAAAAGAAGACGACACCGCAAUAUUGUAUUAAAUAAUAAAGUUAAGAAACUCAAUGUAAAGUAUGUAAGACGAAAACUCAUGUAAAUUAUUCGUUUUCUUUUUUCAAAGGGGGAGGAAUGUCGUAACCCGACCAGCCUUGGGAAUAAGAACAUGCUUAAUAAUCAAUACGUGAUCAAAAUA